CCCGGGAUAAGCGCGCGCCGGUCUCCGGGCCCGGUGCGAGCUGCCCGAGCCCCGGAGGAUGGGAGCGAGCCGGGGCCCGGAGCUCCCGGGGGGGGCGCGGCGGCGGCGGCAGCGGCCGCCCAUCCAGCGGGCCCACGCUUCCGCGGCGCUUUGAUCCAGCCCCUGCGUGUUCCGGGGCCAGGGCAGCUCCCCAUUGGAAUCCUGGACAAAGGCUAGAAGCAUGUCGGACCCCAGCUACUGGACAGCGGUGCUGCCUGGUUACCGGAGCCACCUGGCCAAAGGGGCCCUGCUACAGCGCUCUAAGAGUUGUCGGAGCAGCAACAGGAAGAGCCUGGUAGUAGGCACGCCAUCGCCAACCCUCUCCCGGCCACUGUCCCCGCUCUCGGUGCCAACGGCCGGGAGCAGCCCUUUGGACAGCCCCCGGAAUUUUUCAACCAGCACGUCUAUCAAUUUUCCCUUUGCACGCAGGGCUGAUGGCCGCCGGUGGUCACUGGCGUCACUCCCCUCUUCUGGCUAUGGGACCAACACCCCCAGCUCCACAGUCUCGUCAUCGUCAUCCUCCCAGGAGCGACUCCACCAGCUGCCGUACCAGCCGACCCCUGACGAGCUGCACUUCCUGUCCAAGCACUUCCGCAGCACGGAGAGCGUCACCGACGAAGAUGGGCGCCGGUCACCCUGUAUGCGCCCUCGCUCCAGGAGUCUCAGCCCUGGACGAACAAGUGGAACAUUUGACAAUGAGAUCGUGAUGAUGAACCAUGUCUACAAAGAGCGAUUUCCCAAGGCCACGGCACAGAUGGAAGAGCGGCUGCAGGACAUUAUCACCAACUUCUCUCCAAGCAGCACAUUAGCCCUGGCAGAUGGAGUCCUGGGCUUCAUUCACCACCAAAUAGUGGAGCUGGCACGGGACUGCCUGGGCAAGUCCCAGGAAGCCCUCAUCACCUCCCGCUACUUCCUGGAGCUGCAGGAGAAGCUAGAAAAGAUGCUCCAAGAUGCUCAUGAGCGCUCAGAGAGUGAGGAAGUCGCUUUCAUCAUCCAGCUGGUGAGGAAGCUGCUGAUUGUGAUCUCCCGCCCAGCCCGCCUGUUGGAAUGCCUGGAGUUCGACCCCGAAGAAUUUUACCAUCUCUUAGAGGCAGCAGAAGGCCAUGCCAAAGUGGGUCAAGGAAUCAAGACUGACAUCCCCCGCUAUAUCAUCGGUCAGCUGGGUCUUGCCAAGGACCCCUUGGAGGAAAUGGUUCAGCUGGGUCAUUUUGACAGUAGCACCACCAUCACCCCAGAAAACAGCGAUUCCCCAGAGAGUCGGGCUUUAGCUGCUCCCUCCCGGAGAAAACCCUGUGAGAGCGAUUUUGAAACCAUCAAGCUGAUCAGUAAUGGGGCAUAUGGGGCCGUUUACCUGGUGAGGCAUAAGGACACCCGGCAGCGCUUUGCUAUAAAGAAAAUCAACAAGCAGAACCUCAUCCUCCGGAACCAGAUCCAACAGGUGUUCGUGGAGAGAGAUAUCCUGACCUUUGCGGAGAACCCUUUCGUCGUGAGCAUGUUCUGCUCCUUUGAGACCAAGCGGCACCUGUGCAUGGUCAUGGAAUAUGUGGAAGGUGGAGACUGCGCCACGCUGCUGAAGAACAUGGGGCCCCUGCCCGUGGACAUGGCCCGCAUGUACUUUGCCGAGACGGUCCUGGCCCUGGAGUACCUGCACAACUAUGGCAUCGUUCACCGGGAUCUCAAGCCCGACAAUUUGUUAAUCACUUCCUUGGGCCACAUCAAGUUGACUGACUUUGGGCUCUCAAAGAUCGGGCUGAUGAACAUGACCACCAACCUCUAUGAAGGGCACAUCGAGAAGGACGCCCGGGAAUUUAUCGACAAGCAGGUCUGUGGGACACCCGAGUACAUUGCUCCAGAAGUGAUCUACCGCCAGGGCUAUGGAAAGCCAGUGGACUGGUGGGCCAUGGGCGUCAUCCUCUACGAGUUCCUUGUCGGCUGUGUCCCAUUCUUUGGGGACACCCCCGAGGAGCUCUUCGGACAGGUGGUCAGCGAUGAGCUGAUCUGGCCCGAGGGAGAUGACGCUCUGCCCGCCGAUACUCAGGAUCUGAUCACCAAGCUUCUCCGGCAGAGCCCCCUGGACCGCUUAGGCACUGGUGGCACCCAUGAGGUGAAGCAGCAUUCCUUCUUUCACAACCUGGACUGGAAUGGGCUCCUGAGGCAUAAGGCAGAAUUCAUUCCCCAGCUGGAGGCCGAGGACGACACCAGCUACUUUGACACCCGUUCGGAAAGAUACCACCACCUGGGUUCAGAAGACGAAGAAACAAAUGACGAGGAGUCCUCUACAGAAAUCCCACAGUUUUCCUCCUGCUCACACCGGUUCAGUAAGGUGUAUAGCAGUUCAGAGUAUCUGGCUGCUCACCCCAACCUGAACCCUGAGAAAAGCUGUAGUGAAGACAAAGAAGACCGGACAGACAGGUGGGAUAAAGGUGCUGGAGAGGAGGAGAAGAAUCGCCGUUCAUAUACCGAAAUCAGGUUGAGAUCAUGGACCUCUUCUGGUUCCUCACGUCACUCUUCCUCCCAACCUGAGCGGAGUCAAAGCUCCUCCGUGCUGACCAGCACCUACAGCGUGGACACGAUGCCAAAGUUUGCCUUCUCCUCUGAGGAUGAGAGUCCCAGCCAAGGUCCCUCAAAGCCAGAGAAGCCCAUCUUUGUGCUGGGGGAGCCCGAGGGACCACCAGUGAGAGGAACGGCCAAAUCGUCAGCCUUAUCAGCUGAAAUGGCCAAUCUGAGUCACAUCCGGUUAAGGAGUAACAGUACGGGGACCAAAAGCUGUACGCCCCGGGGACUGGAGACUGGUUUGGGCCGACGUCUCGGGCAGAAGGAAACACCCGAGAAACAGAAGAUCUCUCCAGGAGGCCGAGUCCCCAAAUCUGCCUCGGUCUCAGCAUUAUCACUGAUUAUCACUUCAGAUGACUGCAGUGGCGGGGCCCUCAUGAGCCCGAUAUCCCCCCACUCCAUCUCCUCUAACCCUUCAUCCCGAGACUCCUCUCCAAGCCGGGAUUCCUCACUCGGAAUCACCAGCCUGCGGCCGCCUAUAGUCAUCCACAGCUCUGGCAAGAAGUAUGGCUUCAACCUGCGGGCUAUCCGAGUCUACAUGGGUGAUAGCGAUGUCUACACUGUACACCAUAUGGUCUGGAACGUGGAGGAAGCAAGCCCUGCUCAUGAAGCUGGACUUCGAGCUGGUGACCUCAUCACCCACAUUAAUGGAGAGUCGGUGCUUGGACUGGUUCACAUGGAUGUGGUGGAGCUGCUGCUUAAGAGUGGCAACAAAGUUUCCCUGAGGACCACUGCGCUCGAAAACACUUCGAUCAAAAUCGGCCCCGCCCGGAAAAACAGCUCCAAGGGUAGAAUGGCCCGAAGGAGUAAGCGAAGCCGGAAAAAAGAGAGUCAAGACAGGAGGAAAUGCCUUUUCAAAAAGAUCUCCAAGCAAUCGACUGUCCUGCAUGCUAGCCGCAGCUUCUCCUCCGGGCUCCACCAUUCCCUGUCUUCCAGUGAGAGUCUUCCCGGAUCCCCUACACACAGUCUGUCUCCGGGGCCCGGCACUCCCUGUCGAAGCCCCGCUCCUGACCUCCCACCUGAUGCUGCCUCUCCCCAGAGUACCUCCCCGUCCUCCAGCACCCCCACCUCCCCUGCAGGACACAUCCGCCCCAGCUCGCUGCACGGGCUGGCACCAAAGCUCAGCGGUCAGCGGUACAAAGUGGGCCGGCGCAAAUCCACGAGCAGCAUCCCUCCCUCUCCGCUGGCCUGCACGCCUUCCCCAGGACCCCAGCCUCCCUCACCCCAGAGGUCCCCCUCCCCCUUGCCAGGCUACCCCAAAACCCUCCAUGCCCUCCAGGGCAAGACCCUGUCGCCGCCCACCAUCGUCCGGCAGGCGGCCCGCCCCCGGAGCGCGGAGGCCCCCAGGUCUCCUCUCCUGAAACGGGUGCAGUCGGCCGAGAAGCUCGCUACGUAUUUGGCGGAGAAGAAGAGCCUGGGUAGCCGGAAAUGCCUCACCCUGGAAAUGCCCUCAGGAGCCGGUGCCUACCCCGAGGACCCGGAGGCGCAAACGUCCCCCGGGGCCGGGAGCGUCGGGCCCGGAGAGCACCCCGGCCGGGCCGCCUACGCGGGAACCCCGAGCCGGGGGCGAGACUGGGCUGGAGAGAGGCACGAGCGGGACCGGGAGGUGGUGGUCAUGCGGCGGCUGAACCUCUCAGAGCGCCGAGACUCAUUCAAGAAACAGGAAGCGGUACAGGAGGUGAGCUUCGAUGAGCCCGAGCUCCCGGCUCUGGGAAACGACGAGGGCCCGAAGGCCGAGACAGAGCAGGAGAGCGACCUGGGCUGGUGGAGGCAGCCGGCCCGUCGCGGCUCCUGGGUGGAGUCCAGGACAUGUCUGAGCACCCGAGUGGGACUCAGUCAAUCCUCAGAGCGUCUCCCCCAGGAGCAGAAGCCCCCGCCCGUGCCCCAGAUUGCCGUGCAGGGCUCCGAAAGCGAUGAGCCAGAGCCCACCCAGGCCGAGUGGGAGUGCCAGGGCUCUUACUCCCCACCCCACCGGCUGAUGGCCAAGGUCUAUAUUGAGCAGACAGAUGGGACAAAGGCAGUAGAAUACAAGAGCCUCUCAUCCCAGUGGCGAGACAGCAGGGAGACAAGGGACUUCUGUGCAGGGCAGGAUCCUUCCCCAGCAGGAGCCCCUCGGCCCGGGGCAGGCAAAGAACUGCAGGCGGCCAAGUCGUUCCCCAGCGUGCAGGCGGCGGCGGCGGCGGCGGCGGCGGCGGCGGGAAGCCAGGAACGGGUGAGACCCGGCUCUCGGACACUCGGAAAAAGCGAAGCGGAAGCGGCCGGGCAGGCUCAGAGGAAAAAGGAUGAGUGAUGCCGGAAGGGGAAAGGGGGCCCCGGGGAAGAUUGCUCAAGGGAGGAGCACCUGUCAGAGCUCUGCCGUCUCGCCACCGGGACUCGGCUGGAACAUUCAUGCGGCUCAGCGCCCCCCUCCGCCCCCCCCCCCCCCCCCCAAAUGCCCAUCUCCAUCUCUAAUAAAAAGUUGAGCUAAUG